GGGAGGGACGCCCGGGUUCCUCUGGCCUCUCCAGCCCCGGCCUAACCAUGAGAGUGGCCCUCCUGGCCUUAAGACUGAUGUGCUUGGCCUGGUUCUGGCCUGUCACCCAGCUCAACAGCAGCCACUUCCCCAACAAGAGGAGGCACAAGGAGCUAUACGUCGGAGAGAACACCAAGCAGAAGCAUGGAGGGCGAGUGGAUCUUAAGAUGAAAAAGCUGGACAGCACCAAAUCUCUACUAAUUAAAUCUGAGCAGCUGCUUCGCAUUGAAGAUCAUGACUUCGCAAUGCGGCCAGGCUUUGGCGGUUCAGCCAUCCCCGUCGGCAUCGACGUCCAGGUGGAGAGCAUUGACAGCAUAUCCGAAGUCAACAUGGACUUCACCAUGACUCUGUACCUGAGGCACUACUGGCAGGACGAUCGCCUGGCCUUUCCCUCCAGCAGCAACAAGAGUCGAACCUUCGAUUCUCGUCUCGUGAAGAAAAUCUGGGUUCCAGACGUGUUCUUCGUCCACUCGAAGCGCUCUUUCAUCCAUGACACCACCAUGGAGAACAUUAUGCUGAGGGUUUACCCCGAUGGAAAUAUCCUCUACAGUGUCAGGAUCACGGUGACUGCACUUUGCUCAAUGGACUUCAGUAGCUUCCCUCUGGAUACACAGAACUGCUCUCUGGAGCUGGAGAGCUAUGCGUACAAUGAGAACGACUUAAUGCUCUACUGGAAGAACGGGAACGAUUCAUUAAGGACUGACGAGAUCGUGCUCUCGCAGUUUUUUAUUGAAGACUUCCAGCCUUCCUUUGGGCUUGCCUUCUACAGCAGUACUGGUUGGUACAACCGGCUCUACAUAAACUUCAUUUUACGAAGACAUAUCUUCUUCUUCAUGCUUCAGACCUACUUUCCCACCAUGCUGAUGGUCAUGCUGUCCUGGGUGUCGUUCUGGAUAGACAGGAGGGCCGUGCCCGCCCGUGUCUCUCUGGGUAUCACCACGGUUCUGACGAUGUCCACCAUCAUCACCGGUGUCUCAGCCUCUAUGCCGCAGGUGUCUUACGUCAAAGCCGUGGACAUUUACUUGUGGGCGAGCUUCCUGUUUGUCUUUCUGACGGUCAUCGAGUAUGCCGCCGUCAACUACUUCACCACCGUGGAGGAAAUGAAAAAGCUCAAGAGGGCAAAGCUCCCCAGCUCCUACAACGCAACAACUCAGGCGAUGGUCUACGACGGCUGUUUCCAUGACAAUGAGAUCGACCUGACGUCCUUCGCGGACGCCGCCAGCACUCCAAACACAGAGAGGAACACGCAGUCUCGAAACUCAACCGUCUCCGGACCCACGGAAGGCACCAGGCUACGCCGCCGGCACCCGCUGAAGCAGAACCUCAGCUUCAUCAUGAGCAACAGCUACAUGAUUGACUCGUACUCCAGAGUGUUGUUUCCCCUGGCUUACCUGCUCUUCAACAUCAUCUACUGGAGUUUAUAUGCAUAGUGGGGAAAAAAGAGAAAGAGCUGCAGCAGAAGAAAGAGUAUUCUUUUCUUGACUGGUUUUUUGUCAGUUGCAGAGGUACAA